GGCGGCGGCGACGACGACGACGACGACGACGACGACGACUGCCUCCGCCACGCUGCUGCUGUUUCAGCACAAGUUGACAACAUGGAGGCAAAGGAGAGGAUAAAGCCGUUGGUCAGAGACUUGAACCAACAUAUCGUAUGUCCCUUGUGCAGAGGAUACCUCAUAGAUGCUACGACUCUUGUGGAAUGUCUGCACUCCUUUUGCAGAGGUUGCAUCGUUCGACGUCUGAGCAGCGGCGCCCGCGCGUGCCCCGUGUGCAGCGUUACGGCGUCGCCGCCGCUUCUACCGGACACGCAACUUCAACGGCUGGUGUACCUCGUGGUGCCGGGUCUCUUCCGUUCAGAGCUCGAACGUAGACGUCACUUCCGUCUGGUGAAUCCGCAAUGUCCGCCGUUGGCACCGGCCGUUGGAGCUCUAAAAAUCACCCUGGAGGAUUUUGUCAGUCUGAGUUUACGAGAACUGGAGGAUUCGGAAGAGGGAACGCCGAAGGAAAGAUGCGAUUUGACGAGGAACGAGGAGAUGUCGGCGACGGAUGAGAGUGAUGAUAGAAGCACGCGGUACCUCAAGUGCCCGGCUGCCGUGACGGUGCGUCAUCUGGUGAGACUGUUGAUGCUGAAAAGAGGAUGGGAAGAAGCUAACGCGACUGUCAACGGUGUCAAUAAUAGGAUAGAAUUUAUGUACCAACAAGAGGAGACGCAAUGCCCGGAUAAGGAAAGCAUGCGACCGCUCGAUCCCUCUUGGACGCUUCUAGAUCUGGCUUGCAUAUUUCGAUGGAAGAGGGAGGCGCCAAUGAAGCUGAUGUACCGGGUGUUGCGAAGGGAAGAAGCGGUCUCGAAAGUUUCCUCGUAUGAAGCCGACGAGAUCAAGGAUGUCUCGCCGGCGAUUGAAAAUAUACAACGUCCACCGACUCCACCACCGAGUCCCAAACCCAGUUGCGAGCAGGAAGCUCGCAACGUGGAGCCACCGCGUGCUCUCGAAACGAAUGUCGAUAUCCGCGACAAAGAGACGAAAACGAAAAAGCCACGUUGCGAAGUGACGCCCGUAAUUCGUACUCCGGAACCCCCGUCGAACACCGAGCUGUCGACAAGAAAUCAUCAAUUACCGGAGAGUGCGAAGAGCAAGGAACUGGAGCAAGGAAGACUGGAGCAUCGGAAGCGACGCAAACGACGAAACAAGCGAGUGAUCGCAGAGAUUACUACUAUGCCGCGCGAGGACCUCUUGAAGCUGAAGGUACGUCUGACCCCAUGUCCUCCGAGGAUCACCUCCGGAACAACAGGCAGUGCUGGAACUGGGAGUCAAGGAGGGAGCGGAUGUGUCGGGACAAAUAGUCAAACAAAGGAGAAACUGUUACAGAUGCGGGCGGUUAGACGCGACAAAAUCAAGACGAUCGUUCAGCAACGAUCGAGUUCGUUGAUUCGGGAAGAUUCCAAGACUAAGGAAUGCAUCGCGGGAGAGGCAGAAGAAACGAUCGAAGAUAUCAUUGACAGCAUUCCCGACGAGGUUGUGCGCAUCGCGCAAAAUAUCAGUCAAAACGAGGAAACCAAGUCCAAAGAAUGCACUGCGUCAGAGAAAAUGACUAACAAGAAGGUGAUAGAACCGACGAACACAUCGGAAAACGGUAACGAAUCGGAAAGACCGAAGAAGGACGAGGAGAUUCUGCGGCGACUGGGUUUGGUAGCUAUUCACGAAGCUGGUGGUGACAAAACAGCAAAGCAACGCUCGCAAAGUGGUACCGACAACGCUAACAGUCUGGAUCGCGAGAAACUGGAGAAGAAAUUGCGCGAGAGCAAGGCGAAUCGCGUGCGGAGCUUGUUGGCGGAGAAACAGAUGCGCGACGCGCUCAAGAGCAUUAUGUCCACGAAAGAAGAUUUAUCCGUUAUUAAAACGCCAGUCUCCGUUUUUACUUCUGCCGCCGUGUCCGUGCCUGCCACGCCAAAGAAGAAGGAACCGCCGCCGUUGACGCCUUUGCGUGUUGCGAAACCUUCCGGUUUCGCUACGACCAGCGUGAUAGUGUCGAACAUCAGUUCCAAGUAUGAGACACCGCUGGACCUCAGCAGCGGCGGCGGUGGCGGCGGUGGCGGCGGUGGCGGCGGUGGCGGCGGUGGCAGCACUAUCGUCAACGACAACGUCCUCGACUUGUCCGCUACGUUAUCCAACAGUGGCGGCGGGUUACCAUCUUCCCCUUUCUCUUCGUCCUCUUCUUCAUCAUCCUCUUCCUCUUCCUCAUCUUCCUCCUCCUCCUCGUCGUCCUCUUCCUCCUCCUCCUCGCCCUCGCCUUGUUCGAUGUCGUCUUUACUGUCGUCAAGAUUGCCAACGCGAUCCACGAUUGGUACCGCCAACAGCUUUUUCCGCAAGUCCAAAGAACUGGAGCAACAGCGCGGCAAGGGACAACAGCAAGAGUCAAACCUGAGGACACUCUCGGACGUUGCAGUGUCACGCCUGAGCGGUUGCCUGGUCGAAAAGAAUACGGCGGCAGAAUCGCUCGCAUUAGCAUCCGCGAGCGUAAAUGCUGCCACUGGUAAGGUCGCCUUGCGCAUACCGCAACCCCAUCAUCGCAUUUCUGGUUUCGGCAUGAAAAUCAAGCCCAAUCUCGGCAUCCGACACAUCCCAAAUCCUCAAGCUGUCGUGGUGUCCCAAUAUCGUAAUCAAAGGGCCAGUUACUUCAACGCUGUCUCUCAGCAGCCGCCAUAAACGCAUGUCUUUUAUCGUCGUUAUAA